UAAAAAUGCGUCUCGUACUCCGUUGCGAUUUAGACGAGAAAAAGGUGGAAAUAGACAUGCUGCCUGACGACACAUUUGAAGCUCUGUCGAACCGGCUGGUUGAGCAAGAAAAUUUCUCUGUCAAUCUGAAACAACUCAUCAGUGCCACCAAACCAUUCGAAAUGACAGCCAAUGUCAUCGAGUAUUAUUUCAAAUCAUUGAGAAAUCAAAAGGAAUCAGACUUUCCUAAACCUGAGUCUCCGAAACCGGAUGAGGGCUCGCCGGAACACAUCUGCCGCAUAUGUCGUCCGAACUGUUGUCCGGUCCGUUCACCGAGCUGACGGCCGACGAGAAGACGGCGGUCGGUGACGGCGAUGCCCUCGACCCAUGGACGAGCAUGUCGGGCUCAAAAGUGAGCCACACUUGGACCCCCAAAUGGUCGAGUCAGACAUUGUGCCGCGCAAACGCCUCUCCGUCAAGUACUGUCGACUCUGUGCAUGCACCAUUGAGGAGGACGCCGUUUUCAUUUUCCAGUCGACGCCAACUGAACCGGGCAAAAACGACGAAGAGACGAAGGCAUUGACACUUUGGCGGAUAAAAUCAACGAGGCACUGCCUAUAUUGGUGAGUAAAGAGGACGAACUUCCAAAGCAGGUCUGUCUGAGCUGCGUGGAAUGCCUGAACGCCAGUCACGCUUUCACUAGGCGAGUCACGGCGGCUGAUGAUCUAUUGAAAAAACUUCUCUACCAAUCCAAUGAAUUUGAGAAAAAUGCGGAUGAAGACGAAGAACACUGCCCGCUGUGCUGUGACGGCUCCAUGAAGGUGUUGCCGCGUGACGAAAUGCCCGACAAGGAAGAACUGGAGCCGGAGGCCAGCGAAGAAUUGGAGCAGCCUGUGUGGGAGAAUGGCGGCGAUUAUGACUACUUCUACGUAGAGUACAACGACGAAGGCAGCAACAAUAAUAUGCGCAACAAGAGACGCGGGCGGCCGAAAGGCUCGCGCAAACGCCAGUAUCCCUGGGAUGAUGUGGAUGAUAAGGAUUGGUCUAUGAAAGAAGAAAGUAGUCACAAAAAGAGAGGUCGACCUAAAGGCUCGAAAAACAAAUCAGCCCAGCAAGAAAAGCCCGUUCAGUGUGGUCUCUUCGCUACCUGGCAAUCAGAUAGGCAGGCAGUGUUGGCGCACACUCAGGAGGUGCACUGCAUCGACAAGACCUCGACGUUCCCCUGUCCGCUGUGCAAGGCGGUGCUGCCCGACGAGGGAGAGCUCAUCCAUCAUGUCAAUCAUCACAAAUGCGAGGCCACGGCCAAUGAAACCCCUGCUGCUCCGCCCGUUACUCCGGUGAAGAUGUGGAGGUGCCCGCUGUGCGGCCAAAUCUACGUCUCGCAAGAGGAGCUCGGCAUCCACGUGCUCGCCGAGCAUGUACAAACGGCCUCGCUGCAGUACCAGUGUCCCCUCUGCGAGCAUCCGCCUACCUCGGGGCCCCGCCUCGUGCACCACAUCACCGACAACCACGCCUCAGCGCCCCUCUGGAGCUGUCCGCUCUGCGACCAAGGUACUCUACACUUAUAGUCUAAACAUUGAUCA